UGGAAGCUCUUUUCUUUGUUUGUAUGCAUCGCCAUUCUCAUCACACUCUUCGGAGCUUCCAAAGCAAAUCAAUGAUCACAUUCCUCUCUUCCUCUGGUUCAUAGAUAUAUAUAUAUAUAUAUGUAUAUAUAUCAAUUCUCUCUCUAGCCCUCUUCUUCAUUUCUCUCUCUCUCUCUCUUCAAUAGCCGGAGUUUCUAUGGCUUCUUAUUCCGCCGCCGGAUCGGCCUUCGUCGCCUUCAAAUCCACCGGAAUUUUUGCUCAUUCUGGCAAUUUGAAACUCGCUAAUUUCCAACAUUGCUGUCCGAUUUCAAGCCGAGUCGGAUCUAUUCAGCUCCGACAUAGCCUUAACACGCAUUGCGGAUCGCGAAGCUCCUUUGCUUCGUCUGGUGUAAAAGCACAGGUUGCCACUGUUGAACAAGCAAGUAUUGAAGCUACUCAAAGUGUGGCAGCUCCUGUUGUUGUGGUUACUGGAGCCUCUAGAGGUAUUGGCAGAGCAAUUGCACUGGCUAUGGGGAAAGCAGGUUGUAAGGUCCUGGUUAAUUAUGCUAGGUCAUCCAAUGAGGCAGAAGAAGUUUGUAAAGAGAUUGAGACAUGUGGUGGUCAGUCUCUUACGUUUGGCGGCGAUGUUUCUAAAGAAUCAGAUGUGGAAUCAAUGAUCAAAACUGUGGUUGACGCAUGGGGAACUGUUGAUGUAUUGAUAAACAAUGCAGGUAUUACUAGAGACGGUUUAUUGAUGAGAAUGAAGACACCUCAGUGGCAGGAGGUUAUUGAUCUGAAUCUCACUGGUGUAUACCUAUGCACACAGGCUGCAGCCAAAAUUAUGAUGAAAAAGAAAAAGGGGAGGAUAAUCAACAUAGCAUCAGUUGUUGGUCUUGUCGGUAAUGUUGGGCAAGCCAAUUAUAGUGCUGCAAAAGCCGGGGUAAUUGGCCUGACAAAAACUGUGGCAAAGGAAUAUUCAAGCAGGAGUAUUAAUGUUAAUGCUGUUGCCCCAGGGUUCAUUGCUUCUGAUAUGACUGCUAAGCUUGGGGGAGACAUUGAGAAGAAAAUAUUGGAAACCAUUCCCUUAGGAAGGUAUGGCCAGCCAGAAGAAGUUGCUGGGCUUGUGGAAUUCUUGGCUCUCAAUCCUGCAGCCAGUUACAUUACUGGACAGGUGUUCACUAUUGAUGGAGGAAUGGUGAUGUAGGAGGUCAUCAAAUUUGCUGCCCAAUAACUGCAAAACUUACCUUUCCAGCUCAGAUGAAUAGAAUCACUGCUCUUCUUGUUUAUGCCGAAAAACAAUUGAGCUUAUGCAAGCAGUUUUUCUUUAAUAAAGUGAUAGAAAAAACAAGAUAAAGGAAUGCUGAGGAAGUUUUUGAUAGAAUUUUAUUGAGCAUGUUAACGAGACCAAACAAGUGUUGUAAACAUAGUUUCUUGAAUGAAAGACCGAAUCUAAACUUGCUGCAACCAUGUUGAUAAUAUUGACUUGAUCAUCGAUGA